GCGUGUUAAUGAAUUUUGGACCUUCUCGGUUGCCCUCCUAGAUACCCUUUCCCCUCUCCACCCAAAUAGAUUUCUUUACUUUAACUUUUAUAAGUUUUUGUCAUUUUUUUAGUGCCUUUGCACCUACCGACACUGCAGUGCGCAGUACGGCAGGAUUUGCUUUUUUACUUCCUCUGCGACAUGUUCACGACCACCGGCUCACGGGGACUAUAUAAGGCCCCUGUGACUAAAGCACUGCUCAUCGUUCCCAGUGCUGUGGCCUUACUGUUGACUGUGGUUUUCACGCAGUACCAGGGUCUCUUCCUCAAUAACCUGCAUGCUGUCACACAGGACUAUCAGGUGUGGAGGCUUGUGUGUGGCAGGCUGGUCUGUUUGGACUUGAAGGACACGUUCUGCAGCUGCCUCCUCAUCUACAACUUCCGCAUUUUUGAAAGGCGAUACGGCAGCCGUAAAUUUGCUUCCUUUCUGCUGGGAACCUGGGUCCUCUCGGCGCUGGUGGACGUCCUGCUGGCUGAGGCCCUGUACCAUGUCUUUCAUCUGGGGGUGGAAGUGCUGCCGUCGGGACCCCUGGCCCCGGUCUUCGCCCUGUUUGUGCCUUUCUACCGCACCAUUCCGCGCGUGCCGGUCACGCAAGUGCUCGGCCACUUCUCCCUCACCAACAAGUCCUUGGUGUACGUGGUGGGCCUGCAGCUCUUGACAUCCAGCCCUCUCAUGUGGAUCGUUAGCCUGGGUGGACUGGUUUCCGGGCUGGUGUAUCACUGUAACCUGCUCAGAGUGCAGAGCCUGCUCUUCGUCCCGCGAUGGGUGGCGCGGUCCUCCUCUCGCCUCCUGCAGCCCUUGUUCUCGGGGGCGGAGCCUGUGCGUGACUCCGCCCUCGGCAUGGGAGCCACCCUGGACAUCCAGAGGCAGCAGCGGAUGGACCAGCUGGACCAGCAGAUCCUCCUCUCCCAGUUCACACAGAUGAGAAGGAACCGCCACCAGCAGGGCGGCCUGAUCAACUGGAACCGAUUCUUCCCCUCCAUCCGCCACCGAGGGAGAAACCGCCACCCCCCCGCCCAGCCCCAGCAGCCUGCGCAGCCAGUGCAGUCAGCGCAGCUAAUGCAGCCUGCGCAGCCCAACCCCAGCGAGCGCAGCCCUGUGUCUGAGGAGCAGGUUGCUAUGCUGAUGGAGAUGGGCUUCUCCAGGCUGGAUGCACUGGAGGCGCUGCGCGUGUCCAACAACGACCUCAACAUGGCCACCAACUUCCUGCUUCAGCACUGAGAGAGGGAGGGCAGGACUGGCGAAUAAACGCUCCCGCCCCGCCCCGCCCUUCCGCACCGCCCCCCUGUUCGAGCGGGGUGCCCGUCCACGCCGUGGGUUUGAGGAAAUAAUACCGCCUCCUUGUGAAAUUGAUCUGGCCCCGGGCAGGAUGUCCUGUGAGCGUGACGCUUAGCCUGCCGAUGACGAGCGCCGCAGUCCUGUCUUAAUGAGUACUCUGUGUAAACGGCCACGGCUGCUCCGCCUCUCUGAGAAAGCUGUGGAUGCUGUGGUUUGGGGAGCUCCAAUUGGCUAAUUACUGCCUGUCCAUCACUUGAACUCUGCUGGUUAAUUUUGUUUUGUUCGUUCCAGGAGGCUUCCUGAUUGGUCGCUUGAUUCAUGUGAUAUGAGCAGCUCUGGUGGAUCUUGGGAGUUUCUGAAAUCUCAGGGCUU